ACGCUAGACAGUCGUUGACGCACAAAGAUCGCCUGCCUGACUUCAGUCUCCAGAGUGUAGCCACCGUGAAAACGUUCAGUUUGGCCUCUGCCAAACCAAGGGCAGUACUCUCUCUGUCUGUAAUGUGGGUGCAGUGAAUCCUCAGGAUGGACGGAGGUGUUUCUGAGUUACCUGGUUCCCCCAUUUCCCUCUCUGCAUUGCGCCUCUUAAUCCCACCGAUCCGGCUGGUCUCAGCAGCCAUCUGGCAGACGGUUGAGCAGAAAAUUGUGGCGGAUUAUGGGCUGCUGGAGGAGUUUGUCUUCAUGGUUACGGAGAUGGUUCCGCAACUUCUCUCCCAGAGGCAGAGGGCUGAACUCAUUUUGGGUCUCAGAGCACGGCUGAUCCUGGAGCUGUGUCGCUCUGAGGAGACCGCUGAUCCAGAGAUUAUUCAGCCACAUCUCGACAGAAUGCAGAAUCUCAAAUCUCUGUGGAGCGUGGAGGCUCACAAUUCAGAACAGCAAGCUGACUCGCAUUUCAUGGGCCUUGUCCAAAAUCUACUCAGAGAUCCCGAGGAAAGAAGAAACUUCUUCCAGGAUGUUUUCCCAGGAGACUUUGGCCCUACAUAUGACAAAGCAAUCCAGACACUGAUGUGGCUGUUUCUGUCCAGACUUGAAAAGCUUCUUCCCACCCAAACUCUCCAACAGAUUGCAUCUCUGCUCAGUGACUCCUCGUGUAUUCUCAAUGAAUGCAUGGAGAUUUUUGCUCAACCUCAGGAGCUCAGAACCUUGCUGGACACUCAGAAAGAUCUUGGGCAGUUAGAGGACAUCGAUUCUUACGUUGUUGAGAGUGGCAUCCUGUCAGCCCUUUGUCUCCCCCCAGUGGAGAGAGUUGUGAUCGUCAAUGACCAAACAGAAACGGAGAGCGGACUCAUGUACACAGUGUGCACAGAGAUGGAGGUGGAAUCAGAGAACAAAGAGAUGUACGUGGAGGGAGGUGGGAACUCCGAGGAGUGCGUGCAGAGCCAGUGGUUUGGGAUCGGCAGCGAAGUGAAAGCAGAAGUCGACACUGUGGUGGUUACAGAUCCCGCCGAAGGCACUGAGGUCAGCGACGGCGAAAUGGCAGAGGAACACCCUGACCACCAGUCGGAAACACUGAUAAUCGGGGAAGAUGGCCAGGUGACGGUGCUCGACGGCGUGGAGAAGAAGCCGAACAGGCGCGGGAGGAAGAAGAAACGUCCUGACGAUGAAGAUUUUGAACUGCCGAGCAGAACAAGAGCAGAUCAAGAUCCAGAUUACGAUGUUUUGUGGGAAAGGCCGGUGCGAAAGAACCGUGGACUCAAGAUGAAGCGGUACCUGUCGCAGUGGAGGAAACCAGGAAAGACACAGGGAAGCACUACAACUAACAGUAACCCGAAAAAGUUUACCAAAACCCAAGAUUCAACCAAAAGCAACGACCUAGACGAUAGAACGUGCAAAGUGUGCGGCAAGGUGGUGACUCAAGCCAAGUUCUUGGAGCGUCACAUGAGUCGACACUCAGAGGAGCAGCCAUUUUCUUGUCCCAUGUGUAAAAGGUUUUAUAAGAGCAUGCGUUACCUGCAGCAACAUAGGUGUCCGAACCAGACGAAAGGAAAACCGGGCAGGAAAGCAAAGGAGCAAGCAGCAGAUGAGGGCGAACAGUCAUCCAGUGGGGUUCAUUCUGAGGCGACUGGUGAAAAGCAGCCAACAGACAGCGCAACCCAGGACCCUGAAUCUAAAGAAUCAGAAGAGAAAAGCCCCGACAAGAGCGUGAUAGAAGGUCCGUUCUACUGUCCACACUGCAGCGCCGAGUUCAAGUGCAAACAAACUUUUAGGUUCCAUUUAAGAAACAUUUGCUACACGGAGCAACAGGUGGAUCCUGAGCAGCCCGAGGAUGUUAAGCACUGUUUCAGGUGCAGCGAAUGCGACAAGGCGUUCAAGUACAAAUCAACGUUGGAUUCCCACAAACAAACGCACAACCCACUCUACUGCGAGGUGUGCAUGAAACUGGUACGCGACUCUGAGGCGUUGGCGAUGCACAAAGAAUCCCACACUCCGUUUCAGUGCAACCAGUGUGAGGAGAAUUUCCCCGUUUUCAAGGCCCUUCACAAGCACUACAUCGACGUCCACAAUCCCACCGAGCCUUUUACCUGUACCCACUGUCAGAUGACCUUCGCCAGUUUGAAGCGUUUCAUCAGACACGAGUGGAAACACACCGGCUACCAACCGUUCCAGUGCCCUCACUGCACCAAAAGAUUCCGAUCAUACUCCGACCUCGUGGAGCACCAGAAAAAGCACACGAAAGCGUAUCCAUUCCUGUGCUGGGAGUGCGGCAAGAAGUUCAGGCACGGCGUGACAUUGACGAGACACGUGGAGCGCGUGCAUCACUCCGGCGAACCUCUGACUGAGAAACCCUCUCCAAUCUUCACUUGCAGUCAGUGCGGGAAGACCUUCACUUCUCGAAGAUGCCUUCUGAAGCAUGACAACUUCCAUCACAAAGGGCUGCGGUUCCCGUGCGAGCACUGUGGGAAGGGAUUCUUUGGCAAGGACGCUUUGGUGAGGCACACUUUGAUUCACACAGGAGAGAGGCCUUUCAAGUGCGACGACUGCGAUAAGUCUUUCAGGUCGGCCGCAGAGUUAAAGAUACACAGGAGAUACCACACCGGGGAGCGACCAUUUAAGUGCAACAUCUGUGAAAAAGGUUUUGUGCAGUCCUGCUUUCUGACCUUGCACAUGCGAACCCACACAGGAGAGAGACCGUAUGUCUGUAAUGUUUGUAGCAAAGGCUUUUCAAGCUUGCACGGCUUAAAAAGACACAGGAGACUUGUUCAUGCGUAGUUAAUGUUAACAGUAAUUUACAUAGGGAUGUUCUGUUUACUGUUCCCCUAUUGAAAGAGGUCAGAGGUUGGCAUCAGAUGCAGACCACAACUUAAGGAACUGUUUAGGAAUUGGCUUUGCUCAAUGACACUUUAGCAGUGCGGACUGAGAUGGGGAAUUAAAAACCAUGUUUUCCAGUUGAAGGAGGUUUUCCGUCAAAUAUCAGCCACAUGUCUGUUCCUGUGGCUGUUACAGCUUGGAUCAUUGGAAACUGUGUAAUUGUAUAGUGCAUUAUGAAAAUGUAACUUUGUAUUUUUUACAGAAAUGUUUGCUGUAGUUCUACAUAAGAUUUGUAUGUAUAAAUGAUAUAAUCAUUGAUUCCUUUGGGAAUUGAUUUCUUCUUGAAUAAAUUGAACAUUUCAUUUCAA